AUGCUGAUCAUCCUUGGCAUCCACGCCUUCUUCUGCAUUUGCCUCGUUGCAAAUGCUUCCUCGGUGGUCGAGUUCUCCUACCGAGGCAUUAAGAUCAGCACGAACACGCAGCUCGCUCUGGCAACCUGGGGCCUCCUCGGCGUGCUGGCGAUCACUGCGGCACUUGUCGGCUGGUCCCAGCAGCGCGAGUUCCCAAUGGCUGUGUACUUCUGGUAUCUCUUCGUGACAACCAUCCUGGUCAUAGCACUGGUGUGCUGGGUGGCCUCGACCGAUUGGGAGUGCUCUUUAGUCCAGGAGGACCUGCAGUCACAGCGCAUCGGCUUCUCCUUCCUUUGCACUGUUCUCAGUGCCGCGGUGCUCUUGGUGGGCCUCGCCAUUGUGGCUGUGGUCCUCUUCGCUUUGUACACCAUCUACCAGGUUCAAGCCACUAUCCACGAGAGCGUGCUGGAGUCGCUGAGUGAAACAUCUCGACUUCUCCUGCGGGAGAAGCAGAACGAAAUCUCCAAAGCGUAUUGGAGUUAA